GAGGCCGGAGCGGGAGCGGCACCGGGACGGACAGCGAGCCCGGCGGCCGCGCCAUGCGAGCGGGCUGAGCCGCGGGCAGGGCCGGGGGAGGCACCGAGCGGCCUUCGUGCGCCGGGCAGAGCGGGCGAGCGGCGGGGGCGGCGCCUCCGGGUCCAAGGCGCUGGUGUUUUGCCCUGUCUGGAGCCUGAGGUCCCGUGUGCCCAUCCGCCUCCCGACGUCACCAAUGCGACCAUGGGAACUGGCAGUGAAUAGGCGGCCUCCCUCUGCCCCUUUUAACCAACGCCGUUUCUCAGGGGGACCCUGCAGCAGCCCUGACCACCUCCGGCGAAGCCCCCCUGCCAGGCGUCAGUGGGGACGACGCGACCGACCUCUGGCAACCCUGCUGGGCCAGGAUGAGACCCAGCUGCACCCUGCCUUCCCCCAGCAGCCGCACAUCCCUGUAGAUGAGCCCCGCGCCUACGCUCUCCCCAGCACACCGCCACGAAUGCUUCAUCCGGCCGCACACCCGCCCCACCAGAACCCAUUCAUGGUGGAUCUGCAUGACCAGGUGCACCAGGGACCUGUCCCUCUCUCCUACACGGUUACCACCGUCACGACGCAAGGCUUCCCCAUCCACGCCGGCCAGCACAUCCCUGGGUGCAGCACCCAGCAGCUCCCAGCAUGCUCAGUGAUGUUCAGUGGACAGCACUACCCGCUCUGCUGCCUCCCGCCCCCGCUGAUCCAGGCAUGCGCCAUGCAGCAGCUCCCUGUCUCCUACCAGACGUUCCCCCCCAUCAUCUCCAGCGACCAUUACAUCCUGCACCCGCCGCCGCCGCCAGUGCCCCCCCACCAGCCGCCCCACAUGGCCCCCCUGGGGCAGUUCGUACCUCUCCAAGCCCAGCACCCGCGCAUGCCUCUGCAGAGGAUAGACAAUGACGUGGACCUGCGAGGGGAGCAGCACCCCAUCGCGGGCUUCACGUACCCCCCGUCCCACCACGCUCCCGCGCUGUCCCCCUCCGUGCCGCUGCAUUACCUCCCCCACGACCCGCUGCACCAAGAGCUGCCGUUCGGCGUGCCAUACCCCCACAUGAUGCCCCGGCGGCUGAACACCCAGCGGUACCGGCUGCAGCAGGCGCUGCCCCCGCCGCCGCCCCCGCCGCCGCCGCCCCCGUAUUACCCGAGCUUCCUGCCCUAUUUCCUCUCCAUGCUUCCCGUGUCACCGACGGCCGUGGGGCCCACGAUCAGCCUGGACCUGGACGUGGAUGACGUGGAGAUGGAGAACUACGAGGCGCUGCUGAACCUGGCCGAGCGGCUGGGGGAGGCCAAGCCGCGGGGACUCACCAAAGCAGACAUCGAGCACCUCCCGUCCUACCGCUUCAACCCCGAGAGCCACCAGUCCGAGCAGACCUUGUGCGUCGUGUGCUUCAGCGACUUCGAGGCGCGGCAGCUCCUCCGCGUCCUGCCCUGCAACCACGAGUUUCACGCCAAGUGUGUCGACAAAUGGUUAAAGGCGAACCGCACGUGCCCCAUCUGCCGGGCAGACGCGUCGGAGGUGCAGCGGGAGGCGGACUGAGGCUGGCAGGCGCUGUGCCGCACAACUCGCUAGAGGAAGAGGACGUCGGGCCAGGGGCGGGGGGGCCGCUUGCCCGCUGCCAGGGCCUGACCGUGCGCUUGCCCCCCUCCCCAAAGCCUCUCCUCGGAUGUGGUGAGAAUUGAGCAAUCCGGGAUCCCGGCCAGUCCUCCUCCUCCCCGCCGUGGCACGGACUCGGCCGGACGCCUGCCCGCGGCGCCCCCGGGGCCCCGAAUCGUGCUGUGCUGGUGGCGGGAGGCGCGUGGCCGUGUCCUCCGCACUCCAAAGACGCUGUUGUUGCUCCAUCACUUUCCAGGUCUUUGUACUGUUAGGGACUUUUUUUUCCCUUUUUUUUUUUUUUUUAAUGCUGUUAGACUUUUUUUUUUUUUUUCCGUUUCCUUUUCUUUUCCGUUGCGUUUUUGGUUUCGUGGCCGUCGGGCCCAGCGGCGCGCGGCUCCUCCCCUCGGCGUUGCUCACAGAGGAAGCGGGGAGGAAGGAGGAGGAGGAGGAGGAGGAGGAGGAGGAGGAGGAAGCAUCAGCGCGGGUUUGAUGCCGGCGGCGGCGGGCACCCGCGGCUGGACUGGCCCCUGGGGCGCAGCCACAGCAGUUGGUCGGCGGAGCGCGGCCCAGGCGGGACACCAGCAACCCAAGGCAUUACCGGGGCACGAACGCGUCCGUCCCUCGCUCCCGCCCGGAGCCUGGCGCGGCCCCUCUCCCCGUCUCGCCUGCUCCGGGUAGCCCAGGAGGGUGAUGGCGGCUUCGUUUCUUUCCCAGGCGGGAGGAUGACGCUCCCGCGGCCCCGGCCCCUUUCCCCGCUCCCUCCUGCCCAGCGAGAGCUAGCGCAGCUCCCGGGGCCGAGGACACGUCCCGAGAGGCGGUCGGGCCCGGAGGGCCGCGGCGAGGCCCCACGGCCCGUCCCCCAGGUCCCCGCGGCGCCGGGCUCCCCGCGGCACCUCCAGGCUGCCCCCCGCGGGGCUCGAUCCCGCCGCCGCCGGUGGAAGCGGCCCCGCGCGCGAGCCGGAGACCCCGUCCUGCUGGCUGGACGGUGGCGGAGGGGGGGGGUGUCCCCUCUCCGACCCCCCCUCCGAAGUUGGGGCUUCUUUUAAUCCGUACCCUCGUGGUGUAUCUUCCCCUCGGGUCUCGAGCGGCCCGUUCAGCGCUAACCCCUUGCCCUGUCCCGGCCGGUGCCGAGCGCGGGGCCCCCGGCAGCGCCGCCGCUCGGCCCGUGGGUGCAGGCGUGCGUGGGGCGGGCUGGCGGCGCGGUGUGCCGCCCUGCGCGCCGCCCCGCCGGCCGAGGCAAGGCAGAAGCCGCCGACCCGCCACCCGGUUCCAGAAACUCUUAUCGCCGAAGUUGUUUUGCAUGAUUAAUUAACGAGGAGGAGGAGGAGGGAGGGGGGAGGGCGGGAAGGAAAGACGAGCCCUCCCUUGACGGUGUGUGUUGCUGACGCGUGGGAGACUCCGAGAGGACGCCAACCCUAUGUAAAUGUUCACAAAUAUGCAUGCAUGUAUGACCAGCUUGGAACGUGGUAUUGGCUACGUCUAGCCAG